AUGUGUCCCGUGUUUGUGUGUCAGGAGCCGAUGGAUGUGGUGGAAUUGUACGGCCUGAAAGGGAUCCAGCACACGCCGAUAAGUAUAAAGAACGCACGCGUGGCUCAGCACUACAAAGCCAGCCUGACCGCCUCCUUCAACCUCCACCCGGACGCCAAGUUUGCCGUCGUUCUGGAGGAAGAUUUGGACAUCUCGGUGGAUUUCUUCAGUUUCCUGAGUCAGACGGUCCAUCUCCUGGAGGAGGAUGAGAGUUUGUAUUGUAUCUCUGCGUGGAACGAUCAGGGCUAUGAACACACCGCCGAGGAUCCGUCGCUCGUCUACCGCGUGGAGACAAUGCCGGGCCUGGGGUGGGUCCUGCGCAGGACUCUCUAUAAGGAGGAGCUGGAGCCAAAAUGGCCGACACCAGAGAAG